UUUACUUUUGCAAAACGGUGUAAAAAUGUAAGAUUUAAAUAUUUACAUUUAGUUCAUCCAGUCAACAGCCUUAUGACUGCUUUAAAAGUUAAAAUGAGGAUGAACUCGACACAGGUUUCAUAUUUCACACUGAGUGCCUACUUUGAUACUGGACCUAUAAAAUAUAUAUAUUUUACAAUUCUAACAUUUCUAUAUAUUUUAAUUCUUUGUGCCAAUGUGUUGUUGAUAGUGAUUAUCUGUAUGAACAGAAGUUUACAUGAACCUAUGUACCUGUUUCUGUGCAGUAUGUUUGUAAAUGAACUGUAUGGUAGUACAGGGUUGUUUCCAUUCCUUCUGCUUCAGAUCCUCUCUGACAUUCACACUGUUUCUGUUCCCUUUUGUUUCCUGCAGAUUUACUGUGUGCAUUCAUAUGUGUGUGUGCAAUUUUUAAAUUUAGCCGUCAUGUCUUAUGACAGAUACCUCGCUAUCUGUUAUCCUCUACAAUAUAACUUACAUAUGACAACUAAAAAGGUCACAAGGUUUAUUGCUGGAACAUGGUUAUUCCCUUUUCUUGCAAGUGGUUUUUUGGUAUCACUGAGUUUCUCUUUACAGCUGUGUGGGAACAUUAUUGACAAAGUUUUCUGUAUGAAUUAUUCUAUUGUCAAACUGUCUUGCUCUGACACCAGUGUAAAUAACAUUUAUGGACUCAUUUACACAGUUAUUAUAAUCAUUAUUCCUCUCAUUUUAAUCCUUUUCUCUUACAUGAAGAUUCUUAAAGUUUGUUUUUCUGGUUCUAAACAGACCAGACAAAAAGCUGUCAGUACCUGCACACCUCACCUUGCUUCUCUGAUCAUUGUUUCUUUUGGAGCUUGUUUUGAAAUAUUACAGAGCAGGUUUAAUAUGAGCAGUGUACCUAAUGUGUUGAGAAUUUUUUUAUCACUGUAUUUUCUAACAUGUCCACCUCUCUUCAACCCUGUACUGUAUGGACUAAAUCUGUCUAAAAUCCGUAACAUAUAUAUCCGUCAUGUCUUAUGACAGAUAUCUUGACAUCUCUGAUCCUCUACAUAUAACAAACAUCCUUAAGUUCCUCUUUACAGCUGUGUGGGAGCAUCGCUGAUACAAUUUUCUGUGGAAACUACAUUUUCAAUCUGACCUGCUCUGACACCAGAGGAAAUAAAGUCUGUAGACUCGUCAUUUGUUCUGUGACAGUAGCUGCACAUCUCAACUUCUUCCCUGCUGAACUUUUCUAUGAUUGUUAUUUUUAACAUGUGAUUGAACAGAUCUGAUGUGAACUCUGCAGCAGAUGUGUUCAAUGUGUUUGUUGUUGUACUUUCUAACACACCAGCCUCUGUGUAACCCUGUAAUGUAUGGACUGAAAAUGUCUAAAAUCUGUCUCAUAUGUAUCAUCUGUUGUAAAGUGUAGAUCUUCUAAAACAUAUGUUUAGCCUGACUGAUAAUAAAAAGAAUGCAUUUAUCUGACUGCUUUCUAAA